GACCUAUUUUCAGAACCUAUAAACAUCCUAUACACUAUAGUGUGUAUGUAUAUUUUUAAGUUCUGCUGAAUUUAAAUACCAAAAUUUGAAUAAUUAGAUGGAUCAUUCACGAAAGUUUGUACAUGUACACAAUAUUUGCAACAAAUUAUUUUAAUUAGUCGGAAGUUGUCGUGAAGCGAUCGUAAUAUUACGUAAGCGUGUGGACGUGUCAACAACAUUUGCCAACACAACCAUAUAUUCCACAUUUUUAUUCAAACGUUUGUAUUAUUUCACAAAACUGGAGAUUUUUUCACAGUCAUGGAACUGAAAACUAUUAUUCUUAUCGGUGGACCUCAAAAAGGUAGUAUUAAACAUGUGAUAAUUGCUUAUUUUGCAUACCGAAUAUGAAAAUUAUACAGUACUAUGAGAUAUCUAUGAUUCCAAUCAUUGGGAUGCUGGUAUUGUAAAUAUUUUUAACCUUAGCUUUUGACAGGCACGAAAUUUAUUUAAUGCAUUCCAUAGAAAUAGUGGUUUAAAUUCAUGCCAUAAUUUCCUUGGUAUUAACUUUAUUUCAGUUGUCUUGUUUAUAUAUACUGUAUAUUUUCAACAGAAAUAUGUCUGACAUUUUACCAUCGAAUAAAAUGGUAAAAUGCACUUAUUUUGACCUGGAUAUAAAGUUUAAUGGUAAAGAUUUGACUACCACUACCUCUUACUGGUCUAAUACGCAAUCGAUUGGUUAAUUGACCAUUUGCGUAAUAGACUAAAUUUUGAUCUAAACAAGUCUAGACAAAAAUUUCAUCACAGCUUGAAAGAGCAUCACAAUUAAAUUAGUAAUAUUCCAAAGUUUCAUUGCGAAAUGUUGUAAAAUGUGGAAAAUAUAGCCUUGCGAAGUUUGCAAUUUUCAGUCAUUUUAGAUUACAAACGGGAAAUUGACAGCCUCAAAGGGUUUGGGGCUGUCAAUUUCCCAUCUGUAAUCUAAAAUGACUGAAAAUUGCAAACUUCGCAAGGCUAUAUUUUCCGCAUUUUACAACAUUUCGCAACGGAACUUUGGAAUAUUACUAAUUUUGUGAUGCUCUUUCAAGCUGUGAUGAAAUUUUUGUUGAGAUCAAAAUUUAGUCUAUUACGCAAAUGGUCAAUUGGAUAGAUAAAUUAAACAAUCGUUAAUGGUAGUGGAAAUCAAAAUCUUAAUGUACCUCUCUAAUUCUGUAUUGUCUAGCCCAAAACAUACACUAUAUAGUGUGCAAUCCGAAAAUGUCUUUUACAGGCUCAGAAAUUGGCCAUACUAAGCUCUCUAUAAGGGGCGACAUCCAUUAUUCAAGUUGCCACGCAAAAUGUCAAAUUGUCAUUUUGGGCAGGUAGGUGCAGAGUUUGAACGGACAGCGUGCAAUGUGUAACUUGCACAUCAUUUUGGCCCAUGUGCAAACUACAUUUUGCAAGCUAUGAAAUGAAGGCCAAACUAUCGGAUUUUCAAACUAUCGGAUUAUGGCUGAAAAUACAGUAUCAAUAUUCAAGAAAUUCACACAAAAUGCCACCAUUUUUUAGAUAGAAACAUCAAUUUGACAUAGCAACUUGAACAUGGACGUCGCCCCUAGAAAGGUCAUGCAGACAUGCACAGUAACCCUACAGGCAAUACUGAAACCUGCUUCAAACCACCAUGUUAUAACCAAGGCCAUAGCAAAGAGGAUAAAGAAGGGGGGGGGGGGUGUAGUAUCGCAUUUGCUGAUAACAUUUCAGUCGCUAAUGGGGUGGGAGAGAUUGUAAAAUUUUUCCGGAUAUUUCGUAAUUUUUUCGGAAAUCCGAAAAAUUUUUCCAGACAUCAUAAUUUGUUAAAUUUUUCCAUAAUUUUCGUAAAUUUGGCAAAAUUUUUGCUAUAACAAUUACUUUUUUAAUUAAUCCAAGCCACUUAUAAUAAAUAUUUUUGCUGACUACGAAAACAAUUUGCCGAUAAAUCUGUUAUGUUGCUGACAAGACGUUUUCAUGGGGGUGUCACACUCUAUAGCGAUGGCCCUGGUAUAACCCAUUGAGCACCAAGUGCUCUACCCUUGAAGAGUAAAAUCACGGGACAAUGCAACUUAAUUGCAUGGAUUAACUGUAGAUUGUUAACCCACUGAGUUGCAUUGUGCUCUGAUACACCCUACUUUAUCAUUUUAUUCUGUCUAAUGCCGGAUGAUUUUACUUGUCAAGGGGAGAGUGCUGGCGCUUAAUGGGUUUUCGUCAACAACUGUUUACUUCACAAGCCCUAGGAUGAGCAAAUGAUAAUCCCUUAUUAUAUGAUCGUUACAGGAACAAGAUUCCGACCACUUUCGUUGGAACUUCCCAAACCACUAUUCCCAAUAGCAGGCUAUCCUCUUAUCCAUCACCAUAUCGAGGCAUGCAGCAAGGUAUGUUCAUUUAUAAAAUAAAUACUGCUUUGUAUGACAAAAUAGAUUAUCCACAAGAGAAUGUUUACCAACGACUUGAUAAACAUUUUAGGUACCCAACAUGAAGGAAAUUGUCUUAAUUGGUUACUACCAACAGAAUGAAUCAUUAUCAAGAUUUAUUGCAUCCGUACAACAUGAAUUCAAUGUUCCUGUACGGUAUGUAUGCAGAAUAUAAUGCUCUGAUCGACAAGUAGAAGACAGAAGUUAUCUAGUUAUUGCAUCAUUGUUUUAACUGCAGGGCAGCAGAUACAGUAGACUUGCUCCAAGUCUCUCUUUCAUUGUCAUAUACAGUAGUAUCUAUCCACUAUAGUGUACAUUACAUGACGUAGUACAGAGGGGCGGAGCGAGAAAGAGAGACUUGUCAACUUCGGAAAAUAUCGGUUCAAAACUGAACUGAAAAUUCAAGAGUUGCUUUAAUUGUUUUCUGUCAGUGUUAAUUAUAUGUAUUGAUCUAGCACAAUGUAAAUAACAUGAGUUCCAUUAUAGUAAAUAAUACAGAAAGAAAUUGAAGGAAAACAAUUAAAGCAAGUCUUGCAUUUUCGGUUCAUUUUUGAACAGAGAUUUUCCGAAGUUGACAAGUCUCUCUUUCUCACUCCGCCUUUCCGUGCUAUGUCAUGUAAUGUACACUAUAGUGUAUCGAUACGACAAUGAAAAAGAGACUUGAAGCAAGUCUACAGAUACAGUAGUCUCAGGUCUCACAGGUGGACUUACAUGUACAGCUCUCCCAGUCAGAGCUGCCAAGAGGUUGUGCUCAUGGGUCCAGGGCAAAACUCCCAGGGGCUCUCAUGACGUCAAAAUUGUAAAACACGGGAAAGCAGUGUUUUGUGAUAUAUUUUGCUUUUUUGAAUAUUAACCAUCACUGUCUCAGUUAGGAUUGAUAUUCUUGGUUGAGCAAUCAUUGAUCCAGAAAUUUUUAAGGCCUUUGUUGUUGCUUUGGAUCCCUUUUAUGUGCUGGGGCCUCGGGCAAAGUGCCCCUCCCUCGGCAGUCCUGCUCACGGUAUUUCAGGGAAAUAAUAAAGGCAUGCCAAUUAAUUGCAAAAAUGAUCAUGCCCUUCCCACAGACCAGAUAGUGACUUUUUCAACCUUGGAAAAAUACUUGAAAGCUAUCAAACUACGAAUAUCGAACUCACAAUUAAAUUAAUAAAAAGAAACUUUAUGUUAUAAAUACUAAAAGUUUAAUCUGGGUUAUAGCAAUGAACAGAAAAUUUUAGAAACUAUCCACCUUCGUACAAUUAGCCCAUUAUCUCUCAGAACUUCUAUCCAUUUGCCUCCAAAUACAAGAUCACUGUUCAAUCAGCCAAACAAAACAAGUAAUACCUAGUCCUAUACCAAAAUAAUAAGUGAAAGCACUAUCAUUAGUUAAUAUGUAAGGAUUUUUUCCCAGCUACUUACAGGAAUUCCAGCCUCUUGGAACCGUUGGAGGACUUUAUCAUUUUCGAGACCAGAUAAUGCUUGGUAAUCCAUCAGCGCUGAUAGUUCUGUAUGCUGACAUCAGCUCAGAUUUCCCUCUGAAAGAAAUGUGGGAAUUUCACAAAAAGCAUAAUCAUGGCAAACACACAGUCAUGGGAACAGAGGUAGUGAGCUAGCUAACUUUUUGCUCCAUCUACAUCAAUAUUUUGUUUUCAUCUCUCAAUGGUCUUACCCUAAACCUCAGGAUAUACAGUAAGCCUUGGGCUGAUAAUCGUUCGUAAGCAUUUUUGAUGGGCAUAAUAUGGGGGCAAGACAGCCCUGUAAGAUAACUUCCACACACACACACACACACACAAAGGUUUGGCUAGAUCCAUUCAUCCAUCCCUACCAUUUACUUCCACGACAAAUUUGCCAUACACAAGAUUCAGAACUAUACGUUCAAAAAAUAUUUUUAACAUUUUUUUUAGUCCAAUCCGAGUCAAGCUUCAGACAAUGGAGUAAUGGUGGAAGAUCCUGACACACAUGAAGUAGAAAAUUUAAAUCACUUCAUGUUUUUUAUUUGUGUAAUUCCAAUUACACUAUGCCAUUCUCCUUAAAUUAAUCUCUCAAUUUUUGUUUGCCAUGUGUAGUUGUUACAUUAUGUGGAGAAACCAGAAACGUAUGUCAGCAGUUUGAUUAACUGUGGUGCUUAUAUAUUCUCACCAACAAUAUUCGAUGCUCUCAAAGAGUUAAGACAGAAAAAUGUUGAAAGAUCCAGGUAGGUUUUACCAUAAUAUGAAUUCUGAAACCCAAAGUAAUUUUAUGUUUAUAGUUAGGCUUAUCUAAUUAGGAUUAGAAAUAAGUGUGUUACCUUAGGGUGUGGGUUGGGGUUAAGGUACCGUAGGGCAAGGAUUAUUAGGUUGAGCCAAAGGUAGGGCAAAGGUAAAGUCUAGGUUGUACAUGCAAUUUUUUCUUGUGUUUCCAACGCAAGAGAAAAAAUCGCACAUGUACUUUGGCAAUUGUUGCCAAAAGUUAAAUGAUUUAACGGCAAUGAUUGCUGAAAAUAUCAAAUUACAACUGAUUAUAUUUAGUCAGCCAGCCAAUGAGAAUUGCUUUACUUGACAAGUGGACUGGUAAAUCGCAUGUUUAACUCGAGCGGUAGAAGCUGCAAUGUGCCCUUUAUUACUUCACUCUGUUAACUAGUCACAGGGGGAGAGCCAUGCACAUUAAUGAUUAAGUGACAUUUUCAUAUUUUAUGUUUCAUUGUAGUGAGCUAUCAUAUUCAAAUAAUGUUGGCAGAAUAAUGAUGGGAGAACAAUUAAUGCCAUACUUAUCUGGACAAGGAGCUGUCUAUGUGUUCAAAACUAAUCACUUCUGGACAGUUUUGAAAAGUGCAGGGUAUGCUACAGUACACUUGACUUAAACUGAUACAUGCACAAGAUAGUAUUCCUUGUAUAGGACCUAUAGGUUGGUGUUGUUGAUAUUAAUUACCACACAGUCAUACAUGUAACACAGAAUAGAGACCAUACAGAAGACGGCCUUCUUGGUUUUGCCUAUGGUUUUGGCAUAACUGUUGCAAUGUUGUCACCAUGUUCCUAGCCAGUGUGCUUAUGAGAGACAUUCACCCCCCUGAAAAUAUUCAAAAUGGAACAUGUUCAGGAGGGUGAAUGCCUCUCAUAUGUGCAACAUUUGGCUAGGAACAUGAUGAGUACAUUUUGGUGACGAAUCAUUGCAAAUCAUGGUGUAGCCUGCGAACAGGCUCUCAAGCUGAAUUGAGAGCCUACAUCGAUGACUAAUGAAUUUGAAUAUCUGCGUCUCAAAUCGUGACGCGAAAUUCUCAUUGGUCAGAUGCUAUAAUUUAUAUUAUUCCGCUGAGCUCUAUGUAUGUCAACUGUUGCACUAUGCAUAAAAAACACAUUAACUGAUCAAAUUGAUCUUGGCCAUCUUAUCUCAAAGCACGAAAUGUUCUGUUUUGAGAAAACAGUAUUUAAAACAUUUAAACUUUUGCUUGAAUAUCUUAAAUUUCGAAAAACAGUAUAAACUGUACGGUCUAAAUUUAGUUUGCACGGUCUAAAUUUAGUUUGCAUGAAAGUUGUAAACAACACCAUAUAAGGAUAGACAUUCCAUAUUUGGAAAAAUGAACGUUACGGGGCAGAUAUUCAAAUUCAUUGGUCAUCGAUGCAGGCUCUCAAUUCAGCUUGAGAGCCUGUUCGCAGGCUAAUCAUGGUGUGACGGCAGUUACGUUUUUUGGCCGAGGCAGCUUUCUGUAUGGUUUAUAUUCUGUGGUCAUAACUAGUAGUUUAUUCAGAGGCAAAUAAAGAAGAGAGAUGUAUCUAUCAACACUUCUAAAAUUGACCAUGGGUUGCUACACUAUAAUGCCACCAAAACCGGCCUAUAAAUCUAAACAUAUACAUCUGACAUGAUUCCUAACCUACUAGAUUUAUUACUAAUAGCUACAUUCUGUACCUUACAGGUCCGCAAUCUUUGCCAAUAGAAAUUUCCUUGAGUUAUACAAAACAAGGCACCCAGAUCGCCUCACACUAAACAAAGAUAAUAAGCCAACAAUUAUAGGUUUGUACAGUACAUAUUUUAGAUUAAAUUAAUAACCUUCCUUUUACAAUGUAUUUAUCUUUCCACACAUUUCUGCUUAGGUGACGUGUUCAUUCAUCCUACAGCUUCGGUUGACUCUACUGCCGUAGUAAGUUUCUGCAGGUUUUUAAAUUGCAAAUUGAAUACCAGAUUUCAUAUAGUACACUAAAAAUAAAUUCUUUUGACUUGUAGAUUGGGCCCAAUGUGUCCAUAGGCAGUGGAGUUAUUAUUGGUCCAGGUGCAAGGGUCAAAGAUGCCAUUAUUUUAGAUAAGGCAGAAAUUAAGGUACUGUAUAUGAAUGUCUUUGUUUUGGUAAUAUUGAACUCCUACUAUAACUACUUAAAAUUACUAAUGUGCCUACUUUAUUCUUUUACUCUGUCUAAUGCCAGAUGAUUUUUCUCAUCAAGGGGAGAGCACUGGCAUGCACUCAAUGAGUUAAUCAAUAAAUUGAAAAAAAACAAUGUUUUUAAAUUAAAGAUGUGGUACAGUCCGUAUGUAAACAAAGGCUUUGUUUACAUUUCAGUAUCCAAAAUAUUGAAUUUUAUUCGACAACUAUUUACUGUAUAUUUUCAUGAUUCUAGAGUAUAAUAAAUUAUCAAGAGACAACAAUCAAGCUUUGCAAGAACAUAAAAUUAAAUAAAAACCUUAUAAACUGUUUGUAAAUAAAAAGAGGGCUCCUUUGUGCACAUGCACAGAUCGGCCUGUAUCACAUCUUUAAGAGAUGGCACUAACUUUGCACAAAAGCUGAAAAAAAAACAGACAAAGAUAUAAUAUAUAUUUGGCUUUGUGUUGCAGUUUCACAAAGAAAUAACGUGUAUGUAACAGUGGUUAAAGAAAGAGGUUUGAUUCAAGCUUGAACGAUUUUAAAAGUAAUUCAACUUUUACUCUACGUUUCAGGACCAUUGUUGCAUCUUAUACAGUAUAGUUGGUUGGAACUGUGUCAUUGGAGCGUGGUCAAGAAUCGAAGGCACUAAGUUUGAACCAAAUCCUAAUGAACCCCAUGCUCGUUUAGCUAGCGAGUCUCUCUUUCAGAAAAAUGGACGAUUGAUCGCAUCUACGACUGUGCUAGGUAAACACAGGAGUUUUGAUACUGUCAAGUUUAUCUACUGUAGAUCUAAGCUAGGAUGCACUGGAUAUUAUAAACAGACAUUAAUUUGACAUGCCUUUUUCUUUUGUCCAGGACGUAAUGUUGUAAUCAAUCCUGAACUGUUGGUGCGAAACUCUAUUGUGUUACCAUACAAAGAACUGUCAUCAAGUUUUAAAAAUGAAAUCAUUUUAUGAUACAAAAAUAAGGAAACAUAUGAUUAUGCAUAGACCUUUCUAAUACCGGUAAUAAAAAGGUUCAGAAGUUCUUUAGGACUUUGAAUGAAAACUAAUGUUAUUAGCAAUUACUGGUAAAAAGGAUCAUACAGUACCUUUAGUUAGUAAUGUUUUGUUGUUUUUCUUGAACAUACAUACAGAUCCUCAGUCAAUUCUCAUUAAGGUCUAUAAACUAUAUAAUAUAUGGAUUAUGGUACAGUAAUAUACACAGUUAGAUAAAUUAUUUGCAAAUGACCAAACACAUUUUUUCCUUACCUUGCUGAAUAGAUUGAAAAUCAGAUUGACAUGUAGAAUACAAAAAUAGCCAAAAAAUAUAUAAAAAAAGCAAUACUCAAAGUACUGUGUAUUCACAUCUAUAUCAUGAAGUUACAGUUUGUAUAAAUAAAGUAUGUGCUUGGUAUUAAUGUAGUCCUUUUUAUAUGGUAGUCUGUAUUCCAAGGAUUGAACGACACCAUUAUAUGACGUCUGGCCCUCUGU